AUGGUCGUUCUUGGAGUACUCGCGGAUGCUUUGAGAAACCCGGGGGUGGCUGUCAGGGGCGACUUCGCAAAGGCAUUGAAAUAUGUACAAGGCUUAAUCGACUUCCACUUAAUGGCACAGUAUGGGAGUCAUACGACGAGCACACUGAAUUAUAUGGAGAGCUAUCUCGAGGAUUUCCAUAAGCACAAGAAUAUCUUUUUAGAAUUCAAGGCGUACAAGAGGACGGUUAAGGAUGCGAGAGAUCGGACAAAAGCCUUGAAGACCUCAGGCCCCCAGAGCGUUCAGCAAGGUUUGGAGGAGAUUCGCGAGAUACGCGAAAGGGCUCACUUCAACUUCAUCAAAUUGCAUGUGUUAACGCACUAUCGGGAACAUGUCGAGCACUUUGGGAGCAUUCCACAGUACUCCAUUGACAUCAGCGAACUAGCCAAUGUAGGUCAGAUAAAAUAG